AUGCCUAACAUCAGAAAGAGGAAGACAGAUAGGGGAGUCCCACUUUUUCUGCUGGAGAGGGCUUCAGAUGAGAUAAAGCAGGGCAAAUCAGUGAGGGGAGUGGCCAAAUCAUAUGGCAUUCGCCAUGUGACCCUGUGUCGAUUUCAGAAGAAGAGGAAGAAGCUGGAGUGCCAGGGAUCGAAUUCACUUCCCAGAGUAGGGUACUGGACUCCCAAAAGGGUUUUCUCCACAGAACAGGAAAUCCUUCUGAAAAAAUACCUGAUGGAGGCAGCUGAUUUGUACUAUGGGUUGUGCCCAAAGGAGGUACGAAGGUUUGCCUAUGAGUUAGCAAAGGCCUACAACUGUCACUAUCCUGAAACCUGGGCAGAAAAAGGGAUGGCUGGAGCUGACUGGUUUACUGCUUUUUUGAAAAGGCACCCAACUCUUUCCAUCAGAAGCCCUCAGCCUACCAGCCUCUCGCGGGCAACAAGUUUCAAUAAAUGCAAUGUCAACAAGUUUUUUGACAACCUGUCAGCUGUCCUGACCAAACACAAAUUAGAUGCCCAAGCCAUCUGGAAUAUGGACGAGACAGCCAUCACCACUGUCCAAAAUCCUGAAAAGAUUGUGGCCAGAAAAGGAGUUAAACAAGUCGGCGCAGUGACGUCUGCAGAACGGGGUUCUCUCAUCACACUUGCAUGUUCUGUAAAUGCCUUGGGGAAUUCCAUCCCACCACUGUUCAUAUUCCCCCGCAAAAAGUUCCAGCCUUUCUUUACCAACAAUGGCCCUCCCGGCUGUAUUGGUACGGCAAAUGGGUCUGGGUGGAUGCAAGAGGAAGACUUUUUGGUCUUCCUCAGGCACUUCCAGAUUCACACCAAGUCCUCACUGGAGUCAAAAGUGCUGCUACUUCUUGACAAUCAUUCCUCCCACCUUUCUGUGAAGGGAAUCGAUUUUUGCAAGAGCCAUGGGAUCAUCCUUCUCUCAUUCCCCCCACACUGUUCCCAUAAGCUGCAGCCCUUAGAUCGCAGUGUGUAUGGGCCACUGAAAAGGUUGGUCAACAACUGCUGUGACAGCUGGAUGAAAGCUCAUCCAGGAGUCACAAUGACCAUUUAUGAUCUGCCAAACAUUGUGAAGAGUGCACUUCCCCUGGCUGCAACGCCAUCAAAUAUUCAGGCAGGGUUUGCAUGCACUGGAAUUUGGCCUUUUCAAAGAGACGUCUUCAGUGAAAAUGAAUUUGCACCAUCUCUUGUCACAGACCGUCCACGAGGUUCCAUCAUCCACUGCAGCUGCAUCUACAGUGGAUGCAGCUGCACCCACACCCAGCAACUGUAUGGAGCAUGCAGCUCCAACACCCACUGUGGCAGUGGGAUCCUCCAUGCCACUUGCAGCAUCCUUCCCUGUCGUACCAUGUGUGGUGCCUGA